AGUUCUGUGAGCUACCCCCCCAGGCAGCCGCCGUGGACUUCGCGCACAAGUUCUGCCGCUUCCUGCGGGACAACCCGGCCUACGACACACCCGACGCCGGGGCCUCCUUCUCCCGCCACUUUGCCGCCAAUUUCCUGGACGUCUUCGGAGAGGAAGUGCGCCGCGUGCUGGUGGCGGGGCCGGCAUCGCGGGGCACCGCCGAGCGCACGGAAGCUAUGGAGCCAGAGCCGGCCGAGACCUCGGCCCUCAAGGCAACGACCUACGGCCACUCUCGGAGCUCGGAGGACGUAUCGGCACAUGCGGUGGCCAAGGCCCGAGUCCGCAAGGGAUUCUCGCUGCGCAACAUGAGCCUGUGCGUGGUGGACGGCGUGCGUGACAUGUGGCACCGACGCGCCUCGCCCGAGCCCGACGCCAGCACUGCCCCACGGACUGCUGCGGGCCCCGGGGGCGCUGCGCAGUGGCAGAAGUGCCGUCUGCUCCUGCGUAGGGCAGUGGCUGGCGAGCGCUUUCGCCUGGAGUUCUUCGUGCCACCCAAGGCCUCCAGGCCCAAGGUCAGCAUCCCGCUGUCCGCCAUCGUCGAGGUCCGCACCACCAUGCCCCUGGAGAUGCCAGAGAAGGACAACACGUUCGUGCUCAAGGUGAGCCCCUGCCAUAGCACCCAAGAUCCAGAGAUCCUGCAACUGCCCCUGGCCACACCCUCACAGGCAGUACAGCUGGAGGUCAUCGGGUGCACGAGGGUGGAGAAUGGAGCCGAGUACAUUCUGGAGACCAUCGACUCCCUGCAGAAACACUCGUGGGUGGCUGACAUCCAGGGCUGUGUGGACCCCGGUGACAGUGAGGAGGACGCCGAGCUCUCGUGUGCCCGGGGAGGCUGUCUGGCCAGCCGCGUGGCCUCCUGCAGCUGUGAGCUCCUGACAGAGGCGGACCUGCCCCGGCCCCCAGAGACACCGACAGCCAUCGGGGCCGUGGUGACCGCCCCACACGGCCGAGCUCGAGACACUGUUGGAGAGUCCCUGACCCACGUCCCACUGGAGACCUUCCUACAGACCCUGGAAUCCUCCCCGGGUGGCGGCAGCGGGGACAGCAACAACACAGGGGAGGAGAGAACAGAGCCAGACCCCGAGGCUGAGCCCCAGCUGGAGCUCUCCAACUACCCUUGGUUCCACGGGACGCUGUCACGGGUCAGAGCAGCUCAGCUGGUGCUGGCAGGGGGGCCUCGGAGCCACGGCCUCUUCGUGAUCCGCCAAAGCGAGACCCGGCCUGGGGAGUACGUGCUGACCUUCAACUUCCAGGGCAAGGCCAAGCACCUACGCCUGUCCCUGAAUGGCCACGGCCAGUGCCACGUGCAGCACCUGUGGUUCCAGUCCGUGCUUGACAUGCUGCGCCACUUCCACACGCACCCCAUCCCACUGGAGUCAGGGGGCUCUGCCGACAUCACCUUACGCAGCUACGUGCGGGCCCAGGGUCCCCCACCCGACCCGGGGCCCUCGCCCAGCGCCGCGCCCGCGCCCUCCGCCUGCUGGAGCGAGCAUGCCGGCCAGCACUACUUCUCCACGCCGCCGCCGCCCGGCCCGCCGGCUGGGAAAACGAAGCUCUUCAGUGAAGACAUAAAUGUUAUUAAAGAGCCUGUUUUAGGGACUGCACCCGGUCUCCUGUCGUCCUUUCUCCUUCCCGGGCCUCGGCACGGCGGGAAAAGCGGCUCCUUCUACUCCGGGACCACCGGGGAGCCGCGCCCAGGGGCCCACGUCGGGCCCACCGGCCCCCUCCUGGCCCCGGGUUAA